GUUGACGUUUGGAAACGCACUGACUCUACUCGCUCUUCGGUGUCUUUACUCUUUACUCACCCCUUUUUAACGGCAGCCAAGCUCAUAAUAUUCGUUGGGCAGACCACCGGUCCACCCACCCCUUGUCGGCAGCCAGUUCGUAGUCGGCGAGAGCGAGUCGGCGGCCAGUAUAUUCGCGAAAUCACGCGGAUUCCUCACUGGACUGACAGCCCAAGGCCCAAUUCUCCUUUUGUGACACUCACUGACAGCCGCAAACCGAAAACCAAGAAGAAGUGGUCCUACGCUAGACACCCCACCUGAGAUCCAAAAGCUUCACUCGUCGCAUCGUCGGCUAGCUGGAAACGUGCUGCAACCGAAAAUCCAAAGGGUCGGCCGAACCCAUCGGCCGCCGAAGAACUGCGGGCGAAAAACAACACCGACUGUGGCGAAACAAUGGGCACGCGCAGAAGCAGCUAUAAACUGGAAAACGUGCGAAAAUCCGCCAUGUUUGUCCUUUCCUGAGGCGGGAGAUUGAGACGGGGGAAAUUCGAGGUUUCUGGAAUCGCACGCGAAUGGCUUUUGGACAAAAAUGAAGACGUUCAUCCAAGAAAUGCGAGAGGCGACCAGAGAUGUCCAUGAUUUGAGCGACAAACUCGUCAACGCAAAAUUGAUGUUUGCAAUGUCCGACAACUCCGUUUGGGCAGAGGGAUUGCUAAUCUUUUAUGAAAUCUUCAAAUUUCUUGAAAGUGCCAUGACUCGAAUGAGUAAUUCCCUGGUCGGUGAGCUGGACAUUGAAGGACUGAGGCGCACCGAGGCGUUUGAACGCGACUUGACUUUUUAUUUGGGGGAAGACUGGAAGACGAACUACCAUCCACGACUCGAAGUGGCUGCGUAUGUCAAGUACCUGGAAAACUUGGAGGAAACUGACCCUCACCUUCUGAUGGCUUACAUUUAUCACCUGUACAUGGGAUUGCUCUCUGGAGGGCAAAUUCUACAGAAGAAGCGUCAGCUUGCUCAAAAGUUUUUCCCUUUCUUUGGAGUUAAAAAUCCUACCCAAACUGAGGGCUACGCAAUCACUAAUUUUCAAAACAAGACCAUCGCUCAAGUCAAACGGGAAUUUGCAAAAAAGAUGAACGAGGUUGCUAAUGAAUUAGAUGAGGUUACCAAACAAAAGCUAAUCCAAGAGAGCAGGACACUGUUCUUGAAAAACAAUGAAAUCAUCAAAACUGUCCAAGGCGCAGACAAUGUUUUUAUGAAAAAAACCAUAACUUUACUGGGGUUAUCAAUGGUUUUUGUUGGAAUUAUUUGGUUUGCAUUAAAACAGUAAAAAGAUUUGUUGGCUACACAAAUUGUAGCAGUGAAAUUAUUGAUUUCAACUUUGCAGACUAUGAAUGGAAUUAUAAAUAGAAUAAAUUUUCUAUCAACAAGUCUCAAUUGGUACCUUAAUAGAAUAUAAUUUUUUUGAAAAGUUAAAAUUUUAUUGAAUGUGUAUGAUAAAAAAAUAAAAUAUUUAUGUACAUCGA